AUGGCUCCAAGCUUGAACAAAAAUGCCUCAGAAGUGAUAGCCGGGCUAAUAGAUAGCAACACAAAGCCUUUGUCCAUCACGCUUAAAGGCUCUGAGUUUUUAGCCAAUGGCUAUCCUAUACUUACUCAUGUUCCUGCCAACAUCAUUGCCACUCCAUCACAAUUCAUUUCCAAAGAUUUUACCUUCGGCUGCUUCGUCGGAUUUGACUCCGACAAGGCCCGAAGCCAUCAUGUGGUUCCAAUUGGCAAGCUCAGGGACAUAAAGUUCAUGAGCCUAUUCAGAUUUAAAGUAUGGUGGACCACUCAUUGGGUUGGCAAAAACGGUAGAGACAUCCAGCAUGAGACACAAAUGUUAAUCUUAGACAAAUCCGAAAACGGACGUCGUCCUUAUGUUCUGAUACUUCCGAUUCUAGAAGGUUCUUUCAGAGCCUCGUUCCAGCCUGGACAUGACGAUAAUUUGGACGUCUGCGUGGAGAGUGGAUCAAGUAAAGUUCGUGAAUCCAAGUUCCGGACUUGCAUUUAUAUGCACGUAGGGGAUGACCCCUACGAAAUGGUGAAGAAUGCUAUGAAGAUUAUAAGAUUACAUUUAGGGACUUUCAAGUUGCUUGAAGAGAAGUCACUUCCAGGUAUAGUAGAUAAAUUUGGUUGGUGUACUUGGGAUGCUUUUUACCUUAAGGUAAAUCCACAAGGGGUAAUGGAAGGGGUUAAGGACCUAGUAGAAGGUGGUUGCCCUCCAGGAUUAGUCUUAAUUGAUGAUGGAUGGCAAUCGAUUUGUCACGAUGAUGAUCUGUUAACUGAUGAUCAAGAAGGAAUCAACAGGACUGAUGCUGGUGAACAGAUGCCGUGCAGGUUAAUAAAAUUUGAAGAGAAUUAUAAAUUUAGGGACUAUGCGAGUCCCAGGGGAAAGGGGAAGGGAAUGAGGGCAUUUGUAAAGGACCUAAAGGACGAAUUUAAGAGCGUUGAGCAUGUUUACGUGUGGCACGCGUUGUGUGGGUACUGGGGUGGGAUUAGGCCUAAUGUACCAAACAUGCCGGAUUGUAGGGUCAUUAGUCCUAAGCUGUCUCAGAGUUUGCAGAUGACUAUGGAGGAUUUGGCUGUGGACAAGAUUGUGAACAAUGGUGUUGGAUUGGUUCCACCAGAAAAGGUUCAUGGAAUGUAUGAAGGAUUGCAUUCGCAUCUUGAAUCAGCUGGGAUUGAUGGAGUCAAGGUGGAUGUAAUUCAUUUGCUGGAGAUGUUAUCAGAAGAUUAUGGAGGACGAGUGGAACUUGCUAAAGCAUACUAUAAAGCCUUAACUGAUUCAAUAAGGAAACAUUUUAAAGGGAACGGUGUGAUUGCUAGCAUGGAACAUUGCAAUGACUUUAUGUACCUUGGCACAGAGUCCAUUUCUCUUGGACGCGUAGGAGAUGAUUUUUGGUGCACCGAUCCAACUGGGGAUCCCAAUGGGACAUUCUGGCUGCAAGGAUGUCACAUGGUACAUUGUGCUUACAACAGUCUGUGGAUGGGAAAUUUCAUCCACCCUGAUUGGGAUAUGUUUCAAUCUACUCACCCUUGUGCUGAGUUUCAUGCUGCCUCUCGAGCCAUCUCAGGAGGACCAGUAUAUGUUAGCGACUCAGUCGGAAAACACAACUUCCAGUUGCUGAAGACAUUGGCGUUGCCUGAUGGUUCGAUUCUCCGUUGCCAACAUUAUGCACUACCAACUAAAGAUUGCCUGUUUGAAGACCCUUUACAUGAUGGAAAAACCAUGCUCAAGAUUUGGAACCUUAAUAAAUUUACGGGAGUUAUUGGAGCAUUUAACUGUCAAGGAGGAGGAUGGUGCCCUGUUUCAAGGAAAAAUAAAAGCGCGAAUGAGUAUUCAGUGGCAGUGACAUGUUUGGCUAGUCCCAAAGAUGUUGAAUGGAGCAAUGGAACAAAUCCAGUAAGUGUGGAAGGAGUGAAUAUUUUCGCGGUGUACAUGUAUAGCCAGAAGAAACUAAAGCUCUUAAAAUUGUCCGAAAAUGUGGAGAUUACUCUUCAGCCUUUCGACUAUGAGCUCUUAACAGUCACUCCUGUAGCUGUGUUGUCGAAAAAAUCAGUGCAGUUUGCCCCAAUUGGAUUGGUGAACAUGCUCAAUUCUGGUGGUGCAAUUGACUCUCUUGUCUGCGACAACAACGAUGAGGAGGAAGAAAGUUCAGUAAGCAUUGGAGUGAGAGGGAGUGGUGAAAUGAGGGUGUUUGCCUCUGAGAAGCCGUCAUCGUGUACGAUAGAUGGAGUCAUGGUUGAUUUUAGUUACGAAGAUCAUAUGGUCACAGUUCAAGUUCCAUGGCCUAAUUCUUCAAGAUUGUCUGAAAUUAAGUAUGUUUUCUGA